AUGGAACAGUCCUACAAAUUUUUGAUCUACCUCCUUCUCGUCGGUUUACGCGCGCGAAAACCCGCGAUGGCGUGGUCGAGGACCUAUAUUCACAACGCACGUUUGGUCAUUCUGGUUCUGUCGACGUUUGUUACCCGACUCCUAGCGGAAAGACGUAUUUCAUCCUGCUCACAUUCUGAUUCUGAGAUGAUCACACCACUUCUGUUUGAAUACGUUAUUCCAUUUCUUCUCAGUUUGGGGACGCUUAUGGGUUUCAUCGUGGCUGUGUAUAAUAUUCCUGGUUAUAUGGGCAAAGAUACCAAAAAAUUCUUGUACAUCAGUUUUUUUGCGUGAGUUUUUUUUUUGCAGCUUGCUGUGUGGUUGAAAAAGUUUGAAAUUAGCCAGAGUCCUGAGGAGAAACCUGAAUUUUCUAAAACGAGCAUAUUCAAUGCAUUAUCAAUCACUUUGAACGUUUCUCCCAGAUCCCUUUUAGUUAAAAAUUUUUCAGGUUUUUUUUGCUGGAUCUGGCGCCUGAACUAUUCACAACUACGCUAUUAUACCACAGAGCUUCGAAUGGCUUUUCACUCAGAAAUCUGAGUACUCUUGAGUAUUUGGGUUGGUGUGCAGGCGUUAUUAUCGGACCAGGUAUUUCUAUUCCUUCAUUUUAGUGUUCUUCAUAACUAUAACCGUUACCUUUUUUCCAAAUUGUAUCUAAAGUUGAUUUGAUAAAAUUCAACCAACAGAAACUGAAACUUUUGAGGCGUGAAGAAACCUCUUGGCACGUUGCCCAGAAUCGAUAAUUUCUUCGGCCCUUCAACCUCAAGAUAACUAUUUACAGGUGCUGUCUUGGGACUUAUUUGGUAUUUUUGCUGUCUCUUCACGACGAUGUUCGAACAGCAUGAGACGAUAUGCUUGAAAAACAAAAACCGCAUAUUUUUCGUGGUCCACUACGAGAUUAGCUUUGCUUCCGUUUUCGUGUCCUCUGCACUCAUCAGAAACUUCGUAAUUUUUGGAGUCGAAACUGAAACUGAAGUAAGUUUUUUCAACUUCUUCCAAACUGCUCACAGUACGACGCUUUUUUGGCGGUAAUUUUAAUACCGCCCAUUUUUGGAUUCUUCUCACGUUUCUUUUCAAUCAAAACUCGCAAAAAAAGUUCUCAAACAUUUUUUUGGCUUUUCCACUGUUAUAAUAACUAUUCACACAAAAAAUGCAGCAAUCAUUUUCAAAAUUUUCAAACUUCCAGGAAAACAAGGCAGCACUAAUUCAUGGUGGUCUGGAGAUGCUUCGACUGUCUCUCUAUCGCCAGUUGUUCUUCGUUUUUUGCACGAUCGGAAGUAUUCUCGUUGCUAUACAAUUCUCCACGUUUUUGAUGUUCAACUACUUCGAAGCAAAGUCAAGUGGAGCUAUUGGAACACUAGAUUAUCAGACUACGAGACUGAACUUCGUUUUGUGGACCAUCAAGCAGGUAUGGGUUGAAAGUUAUUUAAUGGUCAUCGAUUUAUUGGUAUAAAAAGUUUUUCAAAGUUUUUAGUGAGUUCGAUAAAGAUCCCUAAAGAUAAAAAAAAUUUUUAAGGUACUCAUAACAGCCAGUUUCUACAUCCUACCAACCUUCCUGUUCAACUUCUACCUCAGAGAAGCUCACACACUCAGUUCGACAAACUCUUAUCCACAUUUUUUCAACCAAUUGUUUCAGCUUUGAGGGCCAUUGCUGAAUAUAUCCUCUUAGUCCAAACGGUUGUCGCUCCCUUGGUCUAUCUGGCAAAUCAACCAUACCAGCGAAAUCUCAAUUCAGGUAUGUUUUUUCAUAAGAUAUCGUGGACUAUAAAAAAUCCUUGUUUUGCCAAAGUUUUCCUCUUGUGAGAUUUAAACUGAAUGGCAUUACCUGAUAGUGAAUGAAUACGUUUCUAUUUUUGGUUUUCGAUUGAUGACAAAACAGCUCAAAGAUAUUCUCACCGAAGGAAGAAAUUCUUAUUUUCUGCCUCUUUAAAGUUUUCGAGAUUCCAAUAAAAAAAUUUUUGAUUCCACGAAACUUUUCGAUGGUGUAGGUGGGCUCGUCACUCAGAGUUUUCUGAUCAAGGUUCUUAGUUUUACGAAUGGUUUAACACUUCAUUUAAGUGAAUUUGAAGCGUUUUUUUUAUGUUGAAAACUUUGCUAAGUACUUGGAACAGAUCCAUUUUCAGUUGAAAAUUUAAAUUUUUUUUCCAUUUUCAGUGGCUCUCGAACCUUUUCAAAAGCUCAACACUUAUCUUGCCAACCGCAUUGAUGCGUGUUAUGCGCGCCUGGCACCCAGAUUCUCUACCCGGGUUGAAGACGUAGUAAUUGAACUACACUGA